AAUUUUUUUUUUUUUUUUUUUUUUUUGUUUCGCAGAUGAAGGAAAAACAGAGGCACAUCAAAGCUACGAGGAGAGAAGGCACCAAUUUCCUGGCAUGGAGUUGCUUAUCCGGGAAUUUUCAUUUCACCAGCUGAAUGCAAACUUACUCUGGCCAGGUACAUUUCAAUUUGCAGAAUGGCUAAUUCAACAUCGGUCCUGGAUGGAAGGACGACGUUGCAUUGAAUUAGGAAGUGGGACUGGGGCUUUGGCUAUUUUUCUCCGAAGAUCAUUUAAUCUUGACAUCACAACAUCAGACUAUAAUGAUCAAGAAAUUGAAGAUAACAUAGCUCAUAACUGCCUUGCAAAUGGGAUUACACCUGCCCUUCCGCACAUAAAGCAUUCAUGGGGAGACACCUUUCCAGCUGCUGAUCCAGACUGGGACCUAGUUAUAGCAAGUGAUAUCCUUCUCUAUGUGAAACAGUACCCUAACCUGAUAAAGUCUCUCUGCUUUCUCCUCAAUUCUUACAAGCCAAAAGAUAACAAGGCAGUUCCUUUGGGCAAUGAACAAGGGUUCCCAUGGCCAGCGUUUCUAAUGAGCUGGAGACGCAGAAUUGGAAAGGAGGAUGAGUCUCUCUUCUUCUCUGGCUGUGAGAAUGCUGGGCUUGAGGUCAAGCAUCUGGGAUCACGUGUGUAUUGCAUCAGCCCCAAAGCUAAGUAGUCCAGGACCAAAUGCAGUUGUUGGGUGAAAGUUGAAAACAAUUCCCAUACGAAAAUCAGCUACUUUUGAUUUACACUAGCAGCACAGUACUCAUUAGUCAUGGUAACCAGCUAGAACCUUCUCCAGCAGAUGUUCAUCAUCUAAUACUCGAAUCUUCUGACGAUAUAUUUUUCAAUACAAUCCUUUAUACAAGUCAUGUUAUUUUAUCAACAGGAAUUUGAAUUCCUUUUUGACAACUGAUUUUAUGGAAAAUGCUUCUCUUAUAGCAAUAACUAUGCAGUUGCAGUUUCUAUAAAUGAAACUGAUUAGCUGACAACAAAUCCUCACAACUGUUAUAUUGAUAUGGAAAUGAAAAUGACAUCAAUGA